UGGUGGUACAAUUGUUAGUACCUGCUUCUGGUCUUAUACUUAUUGGCUUAUUGAUAAAUUUUUAUAAUAAAUCGCCGUCUCGAAAAUAUUUAAUGAGGAUUGAAUUUAUGCUUGGAGAUGAUACAAGAGCACUAAACCUGAAUUCUUGAUUAACAAGAAAAAAGGGGUUGCUGUACAUAUGUAUUAUACAUACAUGUUACAUAUAUAUGUAUAUGUAUAUAUAGUAUAACAUAUAUAUACAAUUAUAAAUACAACUACCGCAAAUGCCGCCAUUUGCUCUCAUUUUAUUUUAACUUUUUUUUUUUUAUUUUCUAUCAUCAUUUAUAAAUAUAAUUUGAUGGUUAUAAAUAUCUAUACAUAUUUUCAGACAUUUAGACAUUAGACCCAUCUAGACAUCAUUAAAACUAUUAAAUAUAUCCAUACUACAUAUAUUUAUAUUUAAAUUCAUAUCUAUAUAUAUAAUAUAGAUGCAAACACGGAUACUGAAAAAUUUAUUUGCGAAUUUUGAUGGCGACAAAUUUAAUGAAUUAAAAAUUCCACAGUUAAUUUUUAAAGGAAUUUAAAUAAAUAAUUUAUAUAAAAUUACGCACUCCAAAAUUAAUAUCAUAACCUUAAAAGUAAACGUCAGUUGGUAAUUUGCAGCAGAACUAAUUGGAGAUUAUUACUGAGAAAUUAAAUAAUUAAGAGAAGCGAUUAUUAAUUAGCAGAGUAGUUAUUUAAUAAUAAACAAUGACGCAGUUAGAACUGGACCCGCAAUUCGUCCAAGGACUGCGGUUGCUCCAUUCGAGUAAUAAAGAUUCAAUGGACCAAUUGAGGACACUGUUGGAUGAAGCUAUCAAGCAGAAACAUGGAUUUUCUAAAAUGCUCUGCAAUGUGCUGCAUAAAAAGUAUACGAUAGAGGAACCGGUGCUGAGUGACCAUAGUAGCUGCAGCAGCAAAAAGAGCAAGAGCUCCAAUUCUUCAAAACAUUCCGGCAAGCUCAGCAAGAGCGAUUCCGUUGAGGAAAUACCAGCACGUGACACUCCGCCAGACAUAUCGGAGAUUGAGGAAGAUAAUCUCGCUGAAAUUCUAGAGGAUGAUUUAACCUGCGUCGUCUGCAAGGGCAUGGACGUCGGUGCAAGAAAUAGACUGGUCGAAUGUGCGGAUUGUCACUCUCUCUAUCACCAGGAGUGUCAUUCUCCUGUGAUACAAGACUCCCAAAUAGAUGUACCUAAACAUAUUUGGUAUUGUUCUCAAUGUAUCAAAGCUCACCAGCCAAUAAAAGAAAAAGGUUCCCCGAAACCAGCAGAAAGUAAAAAGGAAUCAAAGAAAAAUUCGACACAAAAACAUUCUGAAAAAUACAAAAGCUCGAGUCAGUCGAGUGAAUCGGCAUCGAAACUGAUACCAAAUAUAAAUAUAAUCGGUGGCGAUAAGAGAUUUAAAGAGUUGGGUAAAAAAUCUAAGGAUAAAAGAUCAAGUAAACAUUCUAGUCCUUCAUCGUCAUCGUCUAAGAGUUCUGAAAAGUCUUACAAAUCGAAAUCAAACGCUGACUAAAAAAUUUAUUAUUGUACAUAAUAUACAAACUCAUUCAUCCUUUGACUUUUACACGAAGUAAAAUUAAAUAAUAAAUAAAAUAUAAUUUUUUUUCAUAUUUUAUUAAUAAAUAUAUCGGACUAUUAUUAACCAUAAGAGUUUUAUUUUUUCAGCGGUUCAUAUUAGUGUGGAAAAAAAAAUCCUGUCGUAUUCCUGUCCGGAAAAUUAAAAAAAAUUAGAGAAUGUUCAAACAUAAUUAUUAAAUAAUUAUAUGUAAAUAUGUAGAGUUUAGAUAAUUAAUAUGCCUAUAAAAACCCAGGGGACAAGAGAUAUUUUUUUAAAUAUCCAGAGGUAAAAUAAAAUAUUUAUUUUACUGCUGAUAUUUUUUAUUCGCCGAGAUAAAAAUUUAUCAUAAUAAAGAAACUCAUAUUUAUUA